UUAUGGGCGACGAAUGGGAAGAGACAACCACAACAUCCAGCACAUCCUCCUUUACCAGCCAGCCAAGUGACGUUAAAAAUGAGUUCUUGAACAACAACAAUGAAGGGGAGUCUAGAAGAGGUCGUGGGGGCAGAGGACGUGGAAGUAGGGGUGGCUUCAAAUUAUUUAAUGAUGGAGAUGAGAGUGGAAAUACUGAUGAGGCUGGUGACUGGAACAAAACUGACUGUGAUCGACGAGGAUUUCGGGGAAGAGCAGGCAGAGGUCGAGGCUGUGGGUUUGUCAGGACAGAUAGUCGAGAUAUUAAUGAUGACAAUGAUGGUGGUUCUGAAAAUGGCUUCAGAGGUAGAGGAGGACGAGAGGGCAGAGGAGGCCGUGGAGGCUUCAACUCAGGUGGUGAUCGUGGGGGUUGUGGUGGAUUUGGAGGAGGAUAUAGAGGAAAUGAUGAAGAAACCUUUUCAUCAGGAGGAGGUAACAAGAAGGAUGAGGCGGGUGAUGAAAAGCCGAGGGUUAGUUAUAUUCCUCCCAGCCUCCCAGAGGACGAGGACACAAUUUUCUCUCAUUAUAAGUCGGGAAUCAACUUUGACAAGUAUGAUGACAUCACAGUUCAGGUUACUGGAAAAUGCCCCUCAGCCAUUGCCCCUCAGGCAAUCAUGAGUUUUGAAGAGGUAGGGCUGUGUGAGUCUUUGAAGAAGAAUGUGGCUAAAUCAGGUUAUGUCAAGCCAACCCCUGUUCAGAAACAUGGAAUCCCCAUCAUCUCAGCAGGCAAAGACCUGAUGGCCUGUGCCCAGACCGGCUCGGGGAAAACGGCAGCGUUCCUGCUGCCUAUCCUGCAGCAGCUCAUGGCUGACGGAGUAGCAGCGAGUCAGUUCAGUGAGCUACAAGAGCCCGAGGUCAUUAUAGUGGCUCCCACCAGAGAACUCAUCAGCCAGAUCUACCUCGAGGCUAGGAAGUUUGCCUACGGAACGUGUGUUCGGCCUGUUGUUGUAUACGGAGGAGUAAGUACUGGAUACCAGAUCAGAGACCUGUGCAGAGGAUGCAAUGUACUGUGUGGAACACCAGGAAGACUGUUGGAUAUGAUCAACAGGGGGAAGGUUGGCCUGACAAGACUACGGUAUUUUGUAUUGGAUGAGGCUGACAGAAUGUUGGACAUGGGUUUUGAGCCAGAUAUGCGCCGCCUGUUGGGCUCCCCAGGAAUGCCCACUAAAGAGGACAGGCAGACUCUGAUGUUCAGUGCCACGUACCCUGAGGAGAUCCAAAACCUGGCAGCAGCCUUCCUCAAAGAAGACUACCUGUUUCUGGCUGUGGGAAUGGUGGGUGGAGCCUGUAGUGAUGUACAGCAGGAGUUUGUCGAGGUCACAAAGUUUUCAAAGAAAGAAAAACUUCUAGAGGUUCUCAAAGUGACAGGAACCGAACGCACUAUGGUCUUUGUAGAGACAAAGAGACAAGCAGAUUUCAUUGCUACCUUUUUGUGCCAAGUGAGCCAAGUCCUUACCACCAGUAUUCAUGGAGACCGGGAACAGCGGGAGCGAGAGCAAGCUCUGGCAGACUUCCGCUCAGGGAAGUGUCCCGUCCUGGUGGCCACCUCAGUGGCUGCUCGAGGUCUGGACAUCCCAGAUGUGCAGCAUGUAGUCAACUUUGACCUCCCCAAUAACAUAGAUGAGUAUGUGCACCGCAUUGGGAGGACGGGCCGAUGUGGGAACAUUGGCCGAGCAGUGUCCUUCUUUGACCCAGAGAAAGAUGGUCAGCUGGCCCAAUCCCUUAUCGCCAUCCUGUCUACGGCCCAGCAGACGGUCCCCUCUUGGUUAGAGGAGAGUGCUUUCAGUGGACCAGGCUCUGCAUCACCUGCUAUGAAGGGUUUUGGAGCCACUGACUUGAGGAAGGGUGCCCAGAGCAGGUCUUUUCAGAAAAAUGACAUCAACCAACCCACAGCACAAAGUGCCGCAGAGGAGGAGGAGGACUGGGGCUAGACUUUGUGUUUUAUUGCUGUUUUGUAUAAAAUGAGCACUAUCAUCCUGUUCAGUUUGAAGGAUGUUUUUCUACAAGCUUUAUAUUGAAGUUUUUGUGAAAAAUUUAUUUUUGUUUGCUUUGUGUUUUAAAUUUUAUAGAGUGCAUUGUGCAUGUUUGAAAAACAAAAACAUGACAUCUAAUGUUCAUCUAAGUAUUUCUGUUGAUGUGAAAAAUAAAUCAACGAUGUUGAAAGC